AUGGGUUUCAACAACAAGUUGUUGUUUUCCUUGGUUGUUGCGGUUCCUUUAAUGGUGAAUGCUUUUGUUUGGAAUGUUGGUGAUGAUGCUGGUUGGUCCGGUCAGGCUCAAUUUGAUUAUACUCACUGGGCGGUGAGACCAAUGUUUCUAGUUGGUGAUGACGGUCUCCGCUUUGUCUAUAAUCCCGACAUUACUAAUGUAGUAGAAGUGACUUACUGUGCUUUCAAAUCAUGUGAUGCAACAUCUCCUCUCGUCAGUUACAACACCGGGGACGACACGGUUCCUAUAACAAAACUCCACCAGUAUUUCAUCAGUGGUAAUCCUGAUGACUGCAACAAUGGCCUAAAGCUUGAUAUUCCAGCUUACAAUUCAUCAUAUGCUAGGUUUUGGCGGCCCACCCGUUGA